GGCAAGCACCCUUUAUCAGACUCUCACAGCCUCCUGCUCUCCUGCAAUGCCUCCAGCCCACGACACCAACAUGAGGUUCAAGUUCUCCAUCCUGGCUCUUCUUCUGGAAGUGAUCAUCAUUGUUUUGUUUGGGAUAUUUGUGGAGUAUGACAACAGUGGUGACUUCCAAGAAUCAUACCCACUUUUUCAGGAUGUCCAUGUCAUGAUAUUUGUGGGAUUUGGUUUCCUGAUGACCUUUCUGAAGAAAUAUGGAUUCAGUAGUGUUGGUAUCAACAUGCUCAUUGCUGCCUUUGGUCUCCAGUGGGGAACCCUCAUGCAAGGAUUUUGGCACAUGGAAGGAGGGAAAAUUCGUGUUAGUAUCAACAGCAUGAUAAAUGCAGACUUCAGUACAGCAACUGCUUUGAUUUCAUUUGGAGCAGUCCUGGGCAAAACAAGUCCUGUUCAGAUGAUGAUCCUGACAAUUCUGGAGAUCACAAUCUUUGCAUGCAAUGAACAUCUGGUUGCAGAAAUAUUUCAGGCCACAGACGCUGGAGCCUCGAUGACCAUCCAUGCUUUUGGAGCUUAUUUUGGUUUGGCUGUAACCUUAGUCUUGUAUCGCCCUGGCUUGAAAACCAAACAUGAAAAUGAAGAAUCUACCUAUCACUCAGACAUAUUUGCCAUGAUUGGUACUCUCUUCCUUUGGCUUUUUUGGCCCAGUUUUAACUCUGCCAUUGCAGCUGAUCCCAUUCACCAGAGUAAAGCAAUGGUUAACACUUACUACUCCUUGGCUGCCUGCGCUGUUGUAACGUUUGCCCUCUCCAGCCUGGUGGAUCCAAGAGGCAAAUUCAGUAUGGUUCUCAUUCAAAAUGCCACCCUGGCAGGAGGGGUAGCAGUGGGUACCUGUGCUGACCUUUCAAUCAACCCUUUUGGUGCCAUGUGCAUUGGGGGCAUUGCUGGAAUCAUCUCUGUCCUUGGCUUCCACUUUCUGACUCCUUUGUUGGAAUCCAAGCUGCACAUUCAAGACACUUGUGGAGUUCAUAACUUACAUGGUUUACCUGGAAUACUGGGAGGUAUUGCUGGCAUCAUAGUAACUGCAGUGAAAGAUGAAUCUAGGCACGGCACCCCUCUUACUCCUGGCAUGCAGGCUGCUGCCCUGGGCAGUACAAUUGGAAUUGCACUGGCUGGUGGAGCAUUGACAGGUGGCAUUCUGAAACUGCCCUUCUUAGGACAAGCAUCUGACCAGAACUGCUUUGAUGACUCUGUGUAUUGGGAGGUUCCAGAAGAUGAGAAAGCACAUGGAAUUCAUUCCAACAACUAUGAUGAGCACAGCAGAUUUGAAGCUGCCAUGUGAAAAAAGAUAUUCACCUGUAACACUUAUCUUAAUGAUGCCCUUUUCAGUUUCUAAUGCUAUAAACCAGCAUCUGAGUGCCCUAAACACUAGGAUUUCAAGAAAGGGCUGCAGAUACAGCUAUAUUUUUGUAAUAUAAAACAAGCUUGAUUUUAGAACAUGGUCAUUAUGCCAAGCUCAGGUGAAGCAGUGAGGUCCUUCCAAUGUAUUUGUUCUUCAGAAAAACCCAUCACAAACUCCUCUAGAAAGCUAUCUUAUUUUCCUUUUGUCAAUACAGUCAUUGAAUCAGCCCUUGUAUUUCAAGCUUAUUGCAAGAUACUAGAAUUAACAGCAAGAUUUUUCCAAGCUACAGCCACAUCCUUCAACUGUACAAUCAAGAAGAAAUGGACUGAGAGUUUAUUUAGAUUCUAAGAAGCUUUCCACCAGAGCACCCUAGAUGAAAUUUAAGCAUGUUGCCCUAUGUUUGGAUGGAGGAGAACAGGUACUGUGGUUUAUGACAGGCAAAAGAACGUUGAAGUAAUUUCAGUGGCAAAGCACCAAAUAUAGUGGCUGAUGAGGUAAACCAAGUGGCAAUAUGACUAUUAAGAUCUGUUUAACUGAAAAAAAGUAGAAUGGUGAAAAAUGUUAUUAUUAUUGGCAUAGAUUUACUUAGAUUGUUACAAGGGUGUAAGAAGGGAAUUGAAUAGGAGCUAUGAACAAAACCCACACAAACCCAACAAGUAAUUGCAUUAUCUACCUUAUUACAUCCAUCAACAACUGGAUAGUAGCACUGUUAAUGACAACACCAUAAACUGAAUUAAAUGCAAGCAGCAGGAAAAAGCAUGAGUUGUUAGAAACUGAUCAGAAAGCAACUGUGUUCAACCUGCAGAAAACUCAGUGGGAAGGGGACUUUUUACUAGGGCUUGUAGUGAUAGGGCAAUAGGGAAUGAGUUGAAGCUUAAGGAGGGCAGCUUUAGACUGGAGAUUAGGAAGAAAUUCUUUACAGUGGUAGUGGUGAGACACCAGAACAGGUUGCCCAGGGAGGUUGUGGAUGUCCCCUCCCUGGAGGUGUUCAAGGCCAGGCUGGAUAAGGCCUUGAAGGGGAUGAGGGUAGGUUUAGACUGGACAUUAGGAAAUAUUUUUUCCCAGCAAGAGUGGUCAGGCAUUGGAAUGUGCUACCCAGGGAGGUGGUUGACUCACUGACCCUGGAUGUGUUUAAAGGUGGUUUGGAUGUGGUGCUUGGGGAUAUGGUUUAGGGGUGAACCUUGGAGAGUAGGGUUCUGGGUUGGACUUGGUGAUCCUGAGGGUCUCUUCCAACCUGAAUGUUUCUGUGAUUCUGUGUGAUUGAGUGACCUGGUCUAGUAGAAGGUGUCCAUGCCCAUGGCAGGACGGUUGGAACUAGAUGAUCUUUAAAGGUCCCUUCCAACCCAAUCCAUUCUAUGAAUCUAUGAAACUUGCCUUGUGAGUCACUACCUUUGGAGUCACUACCUCCUAAAACAACAGAAAACAGAAAGAAAAACACACCUGAAGCUAAAAUCAAGGUAAAUUAACUCCACCUGAGAAAUUAUAACAACAGCUGCUCAAAUGAGACAAAAAUUGAAGUAUCUGAAGGAACUCUGACAUGACAGUAGCUGGGAACAGAUUCACACAUCUGCCCCUACCUACAUGGUGCAAUCCACUGAAAGGCAAUGGAUGGGAGAUGAAGAUCUAACAGAAGGAGCACAAUGCCUGUAGGAAGUAUUCAUACAGAAAAAGCUACCACUGCUGUCUCAGAAGGACAGUAGAUGAACUUUGAAGGCUUUAUAUCAGCACCUUAAAGUUUCCUCUGAUUUAAGGGGAAAUUCUUCUAAUAGAAAACAGCACAGAUAGUUGAGUCUGCUGAAAUUUUUUUUCCUUCAAAAAGUUUAGAAAGACACUAGGCAGGGCUGUCCCACACCUUAUACCAACUGUACACUGCUCUAUAUGUCAGAUUUCUAUAUAUGAAUGACAUUACCUUUGUUGUAACACUGGUUCAGAUAUGCAGAUGAGUAAUGACUGCUUCUUUUCUACCUUGCUGCCUAGAAGACAUCUUUUAGCCUUUCAAAGCUUUCACAAUUGUUUUUGUACAAACUGAGAAGGUAUUUAAUAAUGUAAAUAUUGUAUCUGUAAAGACUUUAGAAGUGCUUUGUGCAUAAUUUACAAACAAAUUAUGGAAGCACUUGAAAGAUUCCAUAUACAUAUAUCCAGGCUGCAAAUAUCUUAUGCAUGAAGACUAAGGGCUGGCUUCAUUCAUGUUUAUAAAGAUGUGCAGGGUGAGUGCCAAGAGGAUGGAGCCAGACUCUGCUCAGUGACAGGACAAAGGGUAAUGGUGGAAGUUGAGGCACAGGAAGUUCCAUGGAAACAGGAGGAAAAAUGUUUUCACUGUGAGAGUGACAGAACCCUGGAACAGGCUGCCCAGGGGGGUUGUGGAGUCUCC